AUGUCUGCCGCCUCCAAGAUGAUGUACAGCCUUUUCUUCUCCUUUCCCCAUUCUCAGAACUGCUCAAAGAAAGUGAAGAUGCUAAGGAGCCUAAUGAAGACAAGAACUUACUAUAGUGAAUAUGCGGUCAACUACGGUAUGACGGGAGAUAUUACGGACGCGGCAAGCGAAAGGAAUAAGCAGGGAAUAGCACGUCAGUACGAGAGACUGUACAACAACUCUUUUCGUAUUUCGAAUUCAUGGGUUCACCAGUGCUCUGCGAAAGCCACGGAACUUCUCAAUACGACAGCUAUUUGCUACGCUCCAUCGUAUUGCUGUGAUGGAGAGGGCGAAUAUAUUGUGCCCUUUGCUUGCCCGCCAGUAAAAUGGGACGAAGUCGGGAAAGCUGAACCGCCACGGCAAAUGUACCGCCAUCCGUGUGCACAGCGUAUCGCGACCAGUUACCGUAACAAAACGCUGAUUCUCACGUUAAUCAUCAUGAUUCUCACUUUGGUGGCCGUUAUCAACGCCAUACACCUGCUAGUGUGGCGAUCGCGUCUCAAGCCGUCACAGAAAACAUCGGAAUCGAUCAAGUCAACGGUGGACAGCAAUGAUCCCCUAUAG